GUUUAGCGCGGAUCUCUCACUACACUGGUACUGAGGACGAGAUCUUUACGCGAUGAAAAUUGCAUGUUACUAUUGAUCAGCAUUGCAUCUACUGCCACUGUGACGUAGUUUCAUAGUGUUCACUAGAGUUAAAUUCGUUGACUUUUGUUUUCCGCCUAUAGUCUUCACAUCGGCACGUCCAUCGGUGUCGUGUGUAAUCGGCCGCGGAGUCUGAGCACAGCCGCAAUCAUGAAUAAACAGUUGGAUCAGCUCACUGACGUCUUCAUAUCGGACGAGGUAUUGUUGAUGUGCCAUAACUUGGCGCUGCUCACGGAAAAAGAAGAGGUUGCCGCUCUGCUCAUUGGCCAGAAAAUAAUACAUGAAAAUGGGACCACUGUGUCUGUGUCGGCGCUAUCGAUACCGCCCCGUGGAGAGAUCAAAAAGGAUCGCGUUGAAAUCAUGUCUGAAGACUUGGUAAAUGCUAUGGAAGAUGCCAAACACUUCUCCCGCGUCAAAGGUGCUAACUUGAACGUUAUUGGCUGGUAUCAUUCACAUCCUCACAUCACUGUGUGGCCAUCUAAUGUCGAUUUGCAAACUCAAUUGAACUUACAAAACAUGGAUUCAUGUUUUAUUGGUAUAAUUUGUUCCUCGUAUAAUACAGACACUACAACAAUGAUGAAAGAAAUGAAAACAGUAUGUUUUCAAGCAAAACAAAUAAAUGGUAUGGUCCACAGAAUAGAUGUUAAAUUUCAAGUUGCACCUACAACCUGUACUAGCAAAUUGUCAUUUGGAGUAAUUGUAAAGCACAUAGAAACAUUGUAUGACGAACUCAUAAAAAAUUAUAAUGAAGCAAAUGAAGGUGAUAUAAGUCCAAUGGCUCAGCUUCAUAAUGAUUCAGUUUACACAUUGUCUGGAAUACAUAUGCUAGAAACAGUGGCUAAACCUAUGCUGCAGAUGUUAGAAACGCAGCGUGAAAGUUCGACUAAAAGAAUUCAAAGUCUUCAAACAAAACUUGAUCAGCUAUCAUUGGGUAUUAAUGACGAGCAUUAUUGUGACGGUACAAGUAAAACUUACAAUGAUCAAGAAAAUAGUGAUGAUUCCGACAACAACUUGAGCCCAUCGGUACCAAAAAUUAAUCAACAUAAAGAAACAAAGAAAGGGAAAAACUCCAGUAUGGUAUCCUCUCCAGUGUAAAUUCAUAAUAAUAAGCAGCUUCAGAAGAAUCCUACUUAAUGAAUUAAUGAAUUUAAUUACUAUUUUAUUUUAUAAUUACCUGUAAUUUUGUUUAAAAAUAUAAUAUGUAUUGUACAUAAAGUA